CACACGCCAUGUUAGAGUCGAAUUCGUUGAUUGAAUGAUGCAAUUCUUCGUCUUUAUCACAGGCGUAUUAUGCGCGGUGUACUUUGUCCCAGAGCGAUGUAAAGGAAUAAAAGCACCUCUCAGAUUAAGAGGGCCAUCCAGUGCAAAAGGCAUCGGUCGUGUCGAGGUAUUUUACAACGGAGCCUGGGGGACAAUCUGUUAUCUUGAAUGGGAUAUGAAAGAUAGUACUGUUGCAUGUCGUCAGCUUGGUUACCCAUAUGCCAUUAGGUCUACACAUGCAAGACAUCACCACCAAGUUCCAUUUGGAUUGGGUAGUGUACCUAUAUGGUUAAGUCGCGUCGCUUGUACCGGAGAUGAAAGAUAUAUUUCAGAAUGCUCUCAUCCAGGAUGGGGAAAAAAUUCUUGCUUGCACUAUCGAGACGUGGGAGUACAAUGUUCUUUGACAGCGGGAAUAACUGUGUUAAUCUUUUGCUACACUCCUACCCAUGUGAAAGAAGGUGACGAUUUCACAUGUGCAUGUAGAGGUAUAGGUGCAGGAGGAGUCCCAGCAACCAGCGUGUCGUGGUAUAAAGAAAACACACGGAUUACCGAGAUAAAAAAAGAAAGAAAAAUAUUGCUGCUAAGAAAUGUUGCUAGAAAUGCCAAUGGAACAUACAGCUGUGUAGUCGAAAGCCACAAUCUUACAGAACGCAAAUCAAUUAAACUAACGAUUCGUCCCACCCCGCCUGUCAGAUUAAAGGGGCCUUCAAGUGAAAAUGGAAUUGGUCGUGUAGAAGUGUUCCUUAAUGGAGGGUGGGGAAGAGUUUGUGAUAAAGAUUGGGAUUUCAUCGAUGCUAGGGUUGUAUGCCGUGAACUUGGUUAUCUGGAUGCUGUUGAGCAACUUAAUUAUACGACGUUUCUCAAAGGUUAUGAUCCUCCUGGGCCGGUUUACGAACUUUCAUGUAAUAAAAGAGAUCGAAGUGUAGAAAACUGUUUUCACGGAAAAAAAGGCGACGACAGGUGCAAAGAUGCUGGAGUAGAAUGUAGAAGAACAGCGGUAACUGAACGAGUAAGGUUACAUGGGAAAAACGCGGAAAAUGGUACUGGUAGUAUUGAAAUCUUCCACGAUGGACGAUGGGGAUAUAUCUUAGAUUAUGGAUGGGAUAUGAGAGAUGGUAGGGUUGUAUGUCGUCAACUCGGUUUUCCUGAUGCUAGAAGGAUUUUGAUCGGAACCGAUCGUGAUCAUUUCGACAGAACCUCUCGACCGUGGUUAAAUGAAGUCGCUUGUACUGGGGAGGAACGUAAUAUAUUUGAUUGUUCUCAUGGAGGUCUCGGAAGUUAUACUUACGAGGAACACCACAACGCAGGAGUGCAGUGCUCUUCAAAAGAGGGACUGAUUGUGAUAUUAAGUUGUUUCACUCCUGUUAAGCCAAGUAAGGGUGAUAAUUUCGCAUGCGUGUGUAGAGGUGAAGGAGGAACCGCUGCUGUUAAUGUGACAUGGUAUAAAGAAAACACACAGAUUACGGACACGAAGAAAGAAGAACAAACAUUGGUGCUGGAAAAUGUUGGUGAAACUGACAUGGGAAUAUAUAAAUGCGUAGCUGAGGACCACGAUCGAAAAGACGAAAAAUCAAUUGAUGUGGUACUUUCCCAGAGAAUUACUGCGGUAAUCAACUGCUCCAGCGCUGUCAUAGCAGACGAAGGUGAUAAUUUGACAUGUGUUUGUAAAAAUGGGGGAAUCCCAGCAGCCAACGCGUCGUGGUAUAAAGAAAAUAUGCGGAUGGAAACCGAGAUUGGUGAAAGACAAACAUUGGUGUUACGAAAUGUUGUUGAACAAGACAAUGGAAUAUAUAGCUGUGUAGUCCAAAGGCACAAUCUUACAGAACGCAAAUCGAUCAGCCUGAAGGUUCAUCCCGCGCUUCCUGUCAGAUUAAAGGGGCCUUGGAGUGAAAAUGGUACCGGUCGCGUUGAAGUGUUCCUUGAUGGAAGAUGGGGAAGAGUUUGUGAUUUAUAUGAUGAUAACGACUUUACUGUGGUUUUUUGCCGUCAACUUGGUUAUCUUGGUGUUUCUGAUAAACUUAAUUUUUGGAACGUUCCCAAAGGUUACGAUCCGCCUGUGCCGGUUUAUAAGGUCUUUUGUGAAACGGAACAUCAAAACGUAGCAAGCUGUAGUUACAGAUUACAUCGCGACAAAUGCGAAGAUGCUGGAGUAGCAUGCAGAAAAACAGGGGUAACUGAAACUGUGAGGAUAAACGUAGCACGCAAUGGUCUUGGAGGAAGUAUUGAGAUUUUCCACAAUGGAAAAUGGGGGUUUAUCUUAGAUAGUGGAUGGGAUAUGAGAGAUGCCAGAGUAGUAUGUCGUCAACUGGGUUACCCAGAUGCCAAAAGGGCUUUACUAGGUGUCGACGUCGAUAAUCCCGAUAAAACUCAGCACCCGUGGUUGGAUAAUGUCGCUUGUACUGGGAAGGAACGUAAUAUACUGGACUGUCCUCAUGGAGGUUUCGAAGAUCAUUCUUUUGAAUUUGAUAGCAACGCAGGAGUACAGUGUUCUUCAAAAGAGGGACCGACUGUGAUAUUCAGUUGUUUCGGUCCUAUCACGUUAAAUAAGGGUGAUAACUUCACAUGCGUGUGCAGAGGAGAGGGAGGAACCGCUGCUGUUAAUGUGACAUGGUAUAAAGAAAACACACAGAUUACGGAGACGAAGAAAGAAGAACAAACAUUGGUGCUGGAAAAUGUUGGUGAAACUGACACGGGAAUAUAUAAAUGCGUAGCUCAGGAACACGAUCGAAAAGACGAGAAUUCACUUGAUGUGGCAGUUGUACCCAUGACUUUGCCACUCAGAUUAAGAGGGCCAUUGAAAGAGCAAGGUAUUGGUCGUGUCGAAGUAUUCCUUUAUGGAAAAUGGGGAACAGUGUGUGACCCCCAGUGGUGGUUCAAAGACGAGGCUAAGGUUAUUUGCCGUCAACUUGGUUAUACGGGCACUGGUAAAGAGCUUUCUCGCGUUCCUCGCGGUUAUGGGCCGAUGUUUAUCGUUGAAUGCGAUGGGACAGAACCAAACAUAACAAGCUGUUAUUACCACCCCCAUAUCGAAGUUGGGGAAUGCACUCAUUUUGAUGAUGCUGGAGUACAUUGUGAACAUAAGGAGGUUAAAAAAAAAGAUUCAGUUACACCCGAAUUGACACCUUCAUCUAGCUACACCACAAUCCUUAACGAAAAUGGAGUCGCUGGUACACACAGGAUGGAUACAACAACUGCUCUGAAUUAUAGUCCUUUAGGAUCAUACGUUGCAACCACGACACACGAUCGUGGAGACGGUGGUUUCAGUAGUGAGUCCAUUCACAUGGAAAAGAAACAUACUGUAAUAAAACCUUCAAAUGCCACGGUUUCAUAUAACUCUAUUUCAAAGACAAUUGUUGGGAAUAUCUAUCUCCAUAGUGAUAUUGCCAGUACAGAAAAGACGCGUAACGUAACAGUUUUGAAUCUCAGUCCUACAGUGUCAAAUAAUAUGACUGUAAAACAUCACCCUGGCAACACCUAUAAAGUUCAAGGCUCCGAAAGUUCAUCAUUUUUGAUAUACAGAUCUUCCUGGUCUGAGCAGAGCAUUUCCAUAGACCGUUUUGAAAACAACGACUCCGUAUCUAAGACCUUCAGCAUUCCAAAGACAUCAACUGGGCUCUAUAAAUCUACAGCAACCAACACCCUUAGAAAAAGUCAUCACGAUACUAUAAUCCAAACACCCCACAAGACGCACACGACGACAGUUUUAAAACACAGCUCAAAUGUAGACCAUAAAAGCGCCAUAGGGAACUCUGAUGAUACCGACGAAUCUGCAAACUUAAUUGAGUGGUAUAUUAUAUUUGUGGCAAUAUUGGUUCCCGGAAUUGUCGUUGGAAUUCUCACGGCGAUCAUUAUCUAUUGUCGUCGUCGUGUUUUUUACGACAACCAGGAAGAGAUGAAUCUUACGGGAUUUAAAACAAAAAAAAGUGAUUUGGCAGCAGAUGCAGAGGACGAAAAUGAUCAACUGAUAUUUGGUUGAACAAUUUUCUUUGCGAUGUAUAAUAACGUCAAUUAAGUAUUUACUUGCUAUU